UCGUAAACCUCUCCGAUUCAGAAAGCGCUUGUUCUCGUAGGCUCCUCUUUCGCUCUGUCCUCCCGCCAUCGGACAUCCCCAAAUUACAGAUUCAGGCUGCAACUUCAUCGUUAAAGAUAAAUUCCAUGGGAGACUCUACUCAAAUGGAAUUUCAGCCUCUAUCCGAACCUGGGCCAUUGCCGCCUAAGCCGACCUUUAAGCCUUUGAAGGCUCACGAGAUGUCUGAAGGUCGGAUUCAGUUCAGAAAGAUACCUGUCCCACCCCACCGGUACUCUCCCAUCAAGAAAGCAUGGUUAGAUAUCUUCACACCUGUUCAUGAACAGAUGAAGAUUGACAUACGGAUGAAUCUCAAAUCCUGCAAAGUCGAGCUCAAAACCCGUGUAGACACACCCGACAUAAGUAAUCUGCAAAAAUGUGCAGAUUUCCUUCACGCCUUCAUGAUGGGUUUCGAUGUUGUGGACGCUGUUGCACUUUUACGAUUAGACGAGCUCUAUGUGGAGUCUUUUGAGAUCAAGGAUGUCAAGACAUUGAGAGGCGAGCAUUUGUCUCGGGCCAUUGGUAGAUUGUCGGGAAAAGGCGGGAAGACGAAGUUUGCCGUCGAGAAUGCCACAAAGACUAGGAUUGUGGUAGCAGACACCAAGAUUCACAUCUUGGGAGCGUUCUCCAACAUUAAGGUUGCAAGAGAUUCACUUUGUAGUCUUAUUUUGGGGUCUCCCGCCGGGAAGGUGUACUCCAAGCUUCGUGCUGUGACUGCAAGAUUAGCUGAAAGGUUUUGAACCAGAGAAAAUUUAAAAGUUCUCUCUUUUCAGCUGAAAUUACUGAUAGGUUUAUAGAUUGGAUCUUUGUACGAGAUAUUGCAGAAUCCUGAUUUUUGCUUAUAUGGAAUCUCCCCAAAAGAGUUCUUGAAAAA